CGAGGCCCCCUCAUCGUCGCCCCCCGAGCGCGCCUUUCUCAGAGGGCCCCCCUCCGCGGCGGCCACCAGCGGCCGCGCCCUGAGCCGCGCGGGCGGGGCGGGCGCGCCGGAGCCCCGCGGCGCGGACCGACGCGGAGUUGCCUGGCCCGCCGCGGCGGGCGGGGCCUCACAGCGACGGGGAGGGGCGGAGGAGCGACGGGAGGAGGACGAGGAGGAGGGAGGAGGAGGGCAGAGGAGGGCGACGCGCGCCGCCGCGCGCUGCCCCAACCGGGGCCCUCGCGCGACCGCGCAGCCCGGUAGAGGCGCCCCGACCAGGGGGUCACUUCGGCCACACCUGGCCAGGCGUGCGCUGCAGACCUCCCCCCCCCCCGCGGGCUCCACGCGCGCGCGUCCGCAAGCGCCCCCAGCGCCGAGCCGCGGUAGUCCUCCGUCCUCGAACGUCGUCCUGCCAGCGCCGAUGGCGCGCAUCUGGAAGGCGAUGCCCAUGUGGGAGACGGCGUACGCCUCUCGGCAUCACCGCGCCCAGCCCUCCGCCGAGCGCGCCCCCGAGCAGGAACUGCCCGAAGCCCAUGGGGGCGGCGCGCGACGGCCAGACGCGCGCGCGGGGGCGCGGAGGCCUGGCGUUAGGCAGUGAACGGCACCGGCGCCGCUUGCCCUGAGCCU